AUGGGUUGCUCCCUGUCGGGCCUGAACGCUCUCUAUGGCGCGACGAACGGAGGAGGCGAUGUGUGGGUCAACGAGAACCGGUUCAGGAUCGUGAAGCUGCUGGGGGAUGGUGGCGGUUCCGCUUUUACCUACCUCGUCAAGGAGGUCGCCGACGCCGACGCCGACGGUGCCGGCAGCGGCCUCUCCGGGAAGUUGUUGAAGGUUCCCUCUCAUGGCUCAGGUUUUCUCUUGGGUCUCUUGGGUCUGAUUUUGACUGCGACAACAAGAUUGAACAAAUUUUUCAUUAGUUUCGCCGAUUAAACUGCAAAAAAUCGAUCCACAGAUUCAAUUUGAUGGGGUCCCUUCUGUUUUUUAAUGAUCUCGGAGAGUUUUUCCGGGUUCCGCUUAAUGAGAUCAAUCGAUUUGAAAUACGAAUUCCCAGAGUUGAGGAUGUGAUUCCCGUUUAAGACGUUUUUCUGCUCGGCUUCUCCACGGAGUGAACAAGACGUUUGGACUUGGAUCUAAAUUUCACUGGAACGAGUAAAGUGAACAUAAUUUUCUUCGGAUUCUUGUGCUGAACUGCAAAUGAGCGAUCAAAAAAUCUUGAUUUUUGAUUUUCCCUUAUUUUCUGUCCGAACUUAAAAGAUUUCCUCGUGCUUACUUUCGGGAAUUGGGUCGAUCGGAGAUAUGAAUGUUCCCAAAUCUGACGAUACAUGUGUGUAUAUUCUCUCUACUCGUGUUCAGAUCAUGGGAUGUACGCAAUGAAGAAGGUGCUUGUCGGAACGGAAGAGGAGCUGGAGUUGGUGAGGGAGGAGAUCCGCGUCUCCUCCUUGUUCAGCCAUCCUAACCUCCUUCCCCUUCUUGAUCACGCCAUCAUCCCAGUCACGGUAGCUCUCUUGGCUUCUCCAUCUUCUCUCAUGGAAUUAAUUAAAACCAUUAUGGGACUUACACAUCUGCAGGUUUCCUCCAUGGAAAUGGUGCAAACUGCUGCAUUGUAUCGUAGACAUGACCCGGAAUUCUCUUGGCAAACUAAUGAUUUAUUAUGCCCGUGAAAAUUACGAAUAUCUGGAAGGGGAUCCUUUUUUUUUCCCAUUAUGAUGCCUGGAAGAAAAUUUAAAUGAAAAAAAUCUAGUCAUAGAGUUUGCGAUUUUCAGAGUAUUACAACUCCGAUUUGAUUUCUUCCUUUAGAUAUUUCUAUUUAGCGAAAAACAGUUUUUUUCUGCUAAUUGGAUCAUUUUUGUGUAUAUUUCCAGGGUCAGGAAAGAGCAUUCAAUCACGAGGCGUACUUCUUGUUCCCUGUUCAUUUGAAUGCCAGUACCUUACUCGACAAAGCUAAGAUUAUGGAAACGAAGAAGCUGUUCUUCUCGACAUUGACUGUUCUUCACAUCUUCAGACAGGUGAAAAACAAGAUCUCCUUCUUAAUCUCUAUCAUGAAUAUUUUUUAUGGCAGGAUAUUCUGAAAUUAGAAAUAUACCUGCCCAAUACUCCAGUACUAGAUCCUUUGAUUAGCCAGUGAUAAAAUUUCUGAGAUAGCCUGUUCAUCUGAGAAAAGGUGCUCAUGAAUGCUCUCAUAUGUCAAUUAUGCAUGAGUAUGAUUUAAAAUCAUUUUAUACUUCAAAUUUAUGAGUUAAUGGAACUUUAUGGGAAGUUGAUUUAUUUUAUGGAAGUUUCAGUUAUUUAAAUUUCUAUCACUUAACAAGAUACCCUGUUCUAUAUUAUUUUACAACCCUAACAUUGAAUUUCUUAUGAUCAGUCAUCGAUUCAUCUGGGAAAACAUGCUCAUGAAUUCUUUCAUCUGACAAUUAGUUUAUAAUUUAAAUCUUUUUAAGCAAGGAAUUUUUGAUUUUUUUUUUCAUUGGUUUUAUUGAGAUUUCCCUAAUUCACCUUUUUUAUUAUCUACACAGUUCUCCACAUCUAGAUCAUUCAAAUACUAAUAUUUCAAUUAUUACCAUGGUUCAUAUGCACCUCUGCCUAAACAACAUCAUGAAUAUUUUCAUAUCUGAAUUCUUUGUGAAUUAAAAUUUCAGAAACUGUGAAAUCAUCCAUAAACCAUAAUCGAGUCUCUUGCCCUUUUGAACCUUCUCAUACGUCAAGUCGGUAGGAAUUUAAACUUUUUAAGCCAUAAAAUUUAACUUUUUUAUUUUCUAUCUGUUUUAUGGAAGCUUCAACCAUUUUAAAUUUUAACAGGUCUGUGCAGGGCUAGAACACAUGCACAGCCAUGAUCCUCCUUAUGCGCAUAAUAGCAUUAAGCCUGAUAACAUCAUGAUCUCACCCCGACCAGGGCAAGAGCCUCUUGCAAUAUUGAUGGACUUCGAGACUACAAGACCAGGAAAGAAGGCCAUUCGCUCUCGUGCCGAGGCUCUGCAACUGCAGGUAAAUAUCGAAAUAAUCAAAUUUACUAAAUGUCAUUAUUUAUGAUUCAUAUUUCUCAUCAUUUCUCAUGCAGUAAUAAAUAAAUUACUCGUAUAUAUAUAUAUGUAUUGGUACCUCUCAAGAUAAAAAUAAAAGGUGUAAAUUGAUGACUCGUUUCCAUUAAUUAUGUUUAUUUUUCUCAAAAAUAGUCUUAUAUAUUUUCUCAAAAAUAUAUAGUCUUAUGUCCACUAAUUGAUGACUCGUUUCCACUAACUAUGUUUCCACUAUUUUCUGAAAAAUAGUCUCAAAAAUAGUCUUAUAUACUAAUCAUGUUGGCAUAGGAAUGGGCAGCUGAACACUGUUCGGAACCUUUUCGUGCACCUGAGCUUUGGAACUGCCCCAGCUAUGCAGACAUUGAUCAAAGGACAGAUAUUUGGUCCCUAGGAUGUACUUUAUACGCAAUGAUGUACGUACAAAGCUCUUUGCGUUUCUGUUUAUUUGUUUUAUAUAGAGUGCUUCGCUCCUUGCUACUUAUUUCUUAAGGAGUUCAACUUUGAUUGCAAAAAAAUUAAUUUCCCAUGUUGCAUACUAUCAAUUUUAUCGCAUGAAAGUCGGACCUAGCUCAGAUGACAUGUGAUAAUGUAGGUCAAAAGUUCUUCCUUCAUGGUUAUGAUUAAAUUGCAUGCCCUUCCUCAUUAUCGUACUUGUGUAUAAUGUUUCCCUCAAUCAUUAUUUCUAGGUUAGUAUUCCAUUUUCAGUUACUGCCCAUUUUCGCAUGCCAUGGUUAUCAUACAUUUCCCUCAUAAAAGUGUAUCCAAGUUCUAAUGGCAUGUGAUAAUAUACGUACAAAGCUCUUCAUGUAUUGUGUGGGUUACUUAUGAUUAUUUUAUUAAUGUGUAAUAUUCCACUCAGUAGUAAUAUUCAUUUCUUGUACGGACACAUUUAAAUCAUUAUCAAUUUGCCCAUGUUAUCGUUCAGUUAAAAAAAUAAUCCAUCUAAAGUUGUGACAUAAGACUGAUGGUCUCGUGGGUACUGAUUCCUAGGUAUGGCAUAUCCCCCUUUGAAUAUGUGGUAGCCGACACUGGAGGCAGCUUACAGCUGGCCAUCAUGAAUGCCCAAAUCAAGUGGCCGCCGAUACCCAAAGACCCCUUUCCCGAAUCCCUCCGCCAGUUUGUCGUCUGGAUGCUUCAGCCCCUGCCCACUAUCCGACCCUUCAUUGGUGACAUCAUCAUCCACGUCGACAAGCUCUUGUCAAAAAUAUCUUCGGAAAGAUAG